AUGAAAUUAAAUUUGAUUUCUAAUUUAUUAUUAGUUUUUAUUUUUUUAAAUAGUUUAACUUCUUUUUCAUUUGGACAAAUUUGUCCAAGUGGAUACACAUGGAAUCCUUGUAUAACAUCUUCUGGUGUAAACAAUGUUUAUCUUGGUUAUACAGCAGCACCAAAUUGCCCAGCUGGGGCCACAUUAAAAGCUUGGAACUAUCAUAAUAUAAAAAAUAAUCAAGUAAAUUCAGUUGAUUGCCAAAUGGCUAGAGUUAUUACGGAUAUGUCUGUUUUUCGUUCAGUUGGUGGGUCCUGUGGUGAUGGAGCUACAACUUCACCAUGGUCAAACCAAAAUGAUACUUUGGAUAAUACAAAUAGAUAUUUUGUAUCAUUUAAAUGUGAUGUCCCAUUAUAUCCAAAUACAGUUUUCGAAGUAAAUUCUUCUCCAUCUGUUUCACAAGCUGGUAGAGCAUCAUGUGAAAGCAGUCCCGGAGCCAAAGUUGGAGUAGUUUCAGUUUGGGACUAUGGUCAAAGUGUAUGUCAAAAUGGAUAUACAAAUUUCCCAGUAUGUUCAACUGAUAUUGAUGAAUGCACAACUGGAACUCACAAAUGUGUUUCACCAGCUACCUGCGCAAAUACUCAAGGUAGUUACAAUUGUAAUUGUCCUGCUGGGUAUACAAAGAGUACAGAUGGAUUAUCAUGUAUCGAUAUCGAUGAAUGUGCUACUUCCAAUGGAGGUUGUGCUCAAAUAUGUACCAAUACAUUUGGUUCAUCCACCUGUAGCUGCGACACAGGUUAUACACUCAAUUCAGACAAAAAAGGUUGCACUGGUAAGUAUUUGACUCUAAUAUUUUUUGAAAUAAUAUCCUAUAUAGAUGUUGAUGAAUGUGCAACUGGAGCUCAAAAGUGUGUUUCACCAGCUACCUGUGCAAAUACUCAAGGUGGUUACAAUUGUAAUUGUCCAGCGGGAUAUAUAAAGAGUACCGAUGGGUUAUCAUGUAUCGAUGUAGAUGAAUGUUUGGUUAAUAAAGGUGGAUGUAGUCAAAUAUGUACAAAUAAUCCAGGAGGUUUUGAAUGCUCUUGUCAAAGUGGCUAUUCAAAGAAUGGAGCUUCUUGUUUGGAUAUUGAUGAAUGCAGCUUAAAUACUCAUAAAUGUAAUGGUUCUAGCCUCGCAGUUUGUGAUAAUUCAAUUGGCAGCUAUAACUGUAAAUGCCCAUCAGGUUUUAUUAAUCCUCCACAAGAUAGAUUCUCUUGUCAAGAUCAAAAUGAAUGUUUAGAUGGUUCCAAUAAAUGUAAUUCACCAUCAAUUUGUGAAAAUUCAAUUGGUUCAUAUUCAUGUAAAUGUCCAACUGGUUAUAUUAAAUCCUCAAAUGAUGAUUUUUCUUGUGAUGAUGUUAACGAAUGUUUAGAUGGUAAAAAUGGUGGAUGUCAACAUAAUUGUACAAAUUCAAUUGGUGGUUUUAGUUGUUCAUGUAUGCCAGGUUAUAGUUUGAAUGGUUUCUCUUGUGAUGAUAUUAAUGAAUGUCAAGAUGGUAAAAAUGGUGGAUGCCAACAAAAUUGUAAAAAUUCAAUUGGCAGUUUUGAAUGCUCAUGUGAUCCAGGUUAUAUUUCAAAUGGUUUCUCUUGUCAAGAUAUUAAUGAAUGCCAAACAGGAGAUAAUAAAUGUGUUGGAGAGUAUACUUCUUGUCAAAAUACAAAUGGUUCAUAUUUAUGUGUUUGUCCAUCUAAUGGAUAUUCAAAUAAUGGUACCUACUGUGAAGAUAUUGAUGAGUGUUUAGAUGGUAAUAAUGGUGGAUGUAGUCAAAUAUGUAAAAAUUCAAUUGGUAGCUUUGAUUGUUCAUGUCAACCAGGUUAUAAUGUAAAUGGUUUCUCUUGUGAUGAUAUUAAUGAAUGCCAAACAGGUGAUAAUAAAUGUGUUGGAGAGUUUACUUCUUGUCAAAAUACUGCUGGCUCUUAUUUAUGUGUUUGCCCAUCCAAUGGAUUUUCAAAUAAUGGUACCUAUUGUGAGGAUAUUGAUGAAUGUUUAGAUGGUAAAAAUGGUGGAUGCCAACAAAAUUGUAAAAAUUCAAUUGGUAGUUUUGAAUGCUCAUGUGAUCCAGGUUAUAAUUUAAAUGGUUUAUCCUGUGAUGAUAUUAAUGAAUGCGAAACCCAAGAUAACAAAUGUUUUGGUGAAUUUACUUCUUGUCAAAAUACUGUUGGUUCAUACUUAUGUGUCUGCCCAUCUAUUGAUGGAUUUUCAAAUAAUGGUACCUAUUGUGAAGAUAUUGAUGAAUGUUCAUCAAAGGAAUUGAAUGAAUGCGGUUUAAAUACAGUUUGUGAAAAUAGAAAUGGUAGUUAUAUUUGUCAAUGUAGCCCAAGCGAUUACUCACAUUCAUCACAAUUUACAUGUGAACCAAAACCAAUCAUCACAAACUUUUAUCAAAAACCAUCAAGAUCCAAUGUAUUCAUUGUUGAAGGUUUACAUUUUGUAGAAUUCGCAACAACUAUUACUAUUGGAGAAGAGAUGAUGGUUUGUCAAUAUUUAAAUGGUAAUGAUACAUAUGCAGAAUGUUCAACUAGAGAAGGUAAAGAAGUAAUUGGGAAAGUUUUAGUUGAGGCAAACGAUAUUCUAUCAGAACCAUUCAAUUUUUCAGGUGCACCAUUUGUUAUUGAAUAUUUAAAUAGUCCAUCAACCAUUGGUGGUUUAAUUACAAUUAAAGGUAGAAACUUCCCAACUUUAGGUUCAGUUCAAUUAAUAAUUAAUUCAGUUGAUUGUCCAAUCUCACAACCAUUAUCAAGUGAUCAAAUAAUAUGUACAAUUGGAGAAGGUUCAGGUAGCUUCAAUUAUAUUAGAUUAUUAAAUGAAUCAGUAACAAACACUGACUUGAUGUAUUUAACCUAUGCAAAUCCAAUUAUUUCAUCAGCAUCCAAAGUUUAUGCAAGUGGUGGUAUUUUAACUGUAUCUGGUUCAAACUUUGGUAUUGGAUCAAAAUCUAUGGCAACACUUAAUAUUGGUAAUAAACAUUGUAGUAAUGUUGAAAUCAAGUCUCAUUCUGAAUUAACAUGUGAAUUGGAGUCAACAUCAAAAGUCUAUACUAAUAUAAUAGAUUUGGUUGUUGAUGGUUUACCAGUUGCAAAUGAUUAUUAUUUCACCUAUUCAACAUUAGAAUCUGGUAGUUGUCCAGGUGAUUGUAAUUCAGACAGUGGUAAAGGUAUAUGUACAUCAUUUGGUUGUAAGUGCGCAGAUGGAUUCACUGGUAUUUCUUGUAAUGAAACAUCAGGUGGAAUUAUUCCAAAAUUCCCACCAACCAAUCCAGAAACCCCUUCAAUCGAUGUUGAUAACAAUGGUGAUAAUGAUGGGUUUGGUUAUAAAAUUACAAUUGUUAGAAUUGAAGAAUUGGAUUUUAAUAAUGCAAUAAUUGAAGAAACUUCAUUCCCAUUAUCAAAUGCAAAAUGGAAUGGUAGUUCAAAUGCUCCAAAUCAAUGGAUAUUCAAUAUUACAUUGGAAAAUAAAUCAUAUUUAGAAGCAACUUUUGAAUACUUUGAAAAAUCUAGAAACAUUACAUUUGCAUCAAGUUCAUUCAUUAUUCCAGCAGAAUCAUUAAAACUAUCAUUUAAAACAAUGAAAUGGCCAUUCCGUUCAAAAUUAAGUUCAUUAAGAGUUGUCGUUCAAACAGAUACAAUCGUUAAAAAUGAAGAUGUUGAAAAAUGUUCAAUCAGUAACUCUGUUACUACCACCUAUAAUCAACACCUUUGGAGUACAACUGAAAACUCUGAAUCUGGCAUGGUUGCAAGAUUUGUAUCUUUGGCUGAAUUGGAUUCCACCACUCCAAUCACUGCCAACAUCGAAGAUUUAUCAUAUAGCUCAAAUAAAAAAACUUCAAUUAUUGGUAUUUCAGUUCCAUACUUUUCAAAACAAUCAAUUAUUGACCCAGAUUUUGGAAUGCUUUUGAAUGUUGAAAAUAAAAAAACAGGUGAUUGCGAAUCAGAUGAUAAAGCAAAUUGGAAACUUGCCACUGGACUUUCUAUUGGUGCUGGUGCCACAGUUUGUUUAGCUGGUUUGGCUUCUUUCCUUUAUAGAAAGAAGAAAAAAGAGAAAAAAUUUUUAGAUGGUUUAAGUAAACGUUAA